AUGGAUGGCGUUAUCACUCGUCAUGCGAUCUAUGGAGAUCUGUCCAACAUUAAUUAUGUAGUAUCCCGAAAUGGAAUCGUCACGCUCUACAAACGAUUUGUAUCACUAGCAACACAUCGCGACAAAGCAACCAACGAGUACUUCUUGACCGAAUCAGACUUCCAAAACAUCACCGAAUUACAACAGAAUCCACUAGGACAGCGGAUAAUUGACGCAUUCUUCGCGGAUGCUGAAGUUGUCGAAAGGCGAAAAGUCUAUUUCCGCGACUUUGUCAAAGUUCUCAGCCAUUUCCGUCCAAUAAACAAAAACAAGCCACAUCCAUGGAAUAGCCGUGAGGCAAAGCUGCGAUUUGCAUUCACUAUGUACGACUUGAAUAAGAGCGGAACGAUCACCAAAGAUGAGUUCAAGGACAUUUUACAGAUGAUGAUUGGUGCAAAUGUACCUGAGGAGCAGGUAAAUUCGAUUGCCGAUCGUACGAUGAGAGAAGCAGACAAGGAUGGUGACGGAUGCAUAACUUUUGCUGAGUUUUGUCAUGCAAUGGAGAAGACGGAUAUCGAACAAAAGAUGUCUUUUCGCUUUCUGACGUGA